GCCGGGCGGGGGCCCUCGGAGCGCCUCUCCGCGAGGGGAGGGCAUGAGCGAAGGCAGCGCGGCCCGCCGCCCACCUGUGUGGGGGGUCCGCUCGGACGGCGGCCGGAGGACGUGCUCAGACCAGUGCAGCUGAUUCCCUUCCGAGCAGUGAGCGAGUCACGUUCACCCGAGCUUAUUUUCUGAGCGCUGUCAUCUUGCUUUUCACGCUGUUAUCUCCGUGCUGCCUCAAGUGUAGUGAGUUAGUGGAUGGCUGAAAUUUGGCUCAACCAUUAAGUUGCUGAAAUGUUUUGCUGCUUGGGAACCGUGAGAAGGUUAUGUCUGGACAAGGUAUUGCUGCAGUGCAUUCUUCAGUCAAGAACUUUGUCAGGCGCUGAUGCCAUCAAUGCUCUCAGACCUUUCUAUUUUGCUGUACAUCCAGAUUUCUUUGGCCAGCAUCCCAAAGAGAGGGAAGUAAAUGAAAACUCUCUGAAGAGGCUAAAUGGCUACUUGGAGAACCUACAGAAACCAGGAUUUCGUUCCUUUAAGCCAACUCAGCUUACUUUUUAUGUAAGAGAAAGAGAACCAAACUCUUCUAAUGUUCAGGAAUCCUUCAGUGCUUCAGGGUUUCGAGCGGUCAGUUUUACGUUACAUACUAGGGAUCUCCUGAGCACAGUACUAGAUAUUCUCAACUCCUGCAGUCUAUCUACAGAGCAUGUUCAAAGUUUGAAUGUGAGCUCUCAGCCUCACAAGGAAACAAAAAGCACAGUAAACAGACCUAUCAAAUGGGAUAAGACUUAUUAUUCAUUUACUGGAUUCAAGGAUCCUGAGGAGGAGCUAGAGCAAGCCCAGAGAGUGGAAACAACUUUACUGUCCUGGCUAGAUGAUAAUGAAGCAAGUGCAGUAAAAAAGCUGAAAAAGAGUUUGCCGCUUAGAAAAGAAUUAGAACGUUUAAAAAUUGAACUUUCUCAUGAACUCCAGCUCUCAGAUAUCAGGUGGCAGAGAAGCUGGGGCAUUGCUCACCGCUGUAGCCAGCUACACAGUCUGGGUCGCUUGGUCCAACAGCGACCUGAAAUAUUAGAGAAUGUUAAAGGACGCACGGUGGUAUUUACAGACCGCUCGGGUAUGAGUGCAGCAGGUCACAUAAUGCUGGGGACCAUGGAUGUUCACCAUCACUGGACCAAAAUUUUUGAGAGACUGCCAAAUUAUUAUAAGCUUCAAAAAAGGCUGCUGCUUUUGGAAGAUCGGAUAAGCCAACUUCUGGGAGGCAUCCAAGUAAUAUAUGUUGAAGAACUGCAACCUCUGUUGACUCUAGAAGAGUACUUCGAGACUCUGAACUCUUUCUAUAAUAAACUACGUGACAGCAGAUUACCUUUUCAUCCUCGCAGUCUGCGAGGCUUGCAAAUGAUUCUGGAAAGUGACAGAUAUGCACCAAGCUUACAUGAACUUGGACACUUUAUGAUCCCAACAGUCUGUGAUCCAGCAGCUCUUCAAUGGUUUAUUUUUGCCAAAGCACAGGAAGCAAGAGAGAAUUUGAAAAGAAAGGAGGAGAUGAUGAUUACAGAGAAGGAGCUAAUCAAUACUUCCACUGAAAGAUUUUCUUUGGAUCGGCUGUAUAAGGAGCCCAGUGUUUCCAGUGCACAGAUGAUAGAUUGUUGUAAGCGGCUGCUGGAGGAAUCCUUACCCUACCUACAAGGCAUGCACCUUUGCGUUUCACAUUUCUACUCUGUGCUGCAGGAUGGAGACCUCUGUAUACCUUGGAACUGGAAAAACUGAGGGAUGUAUCUGAUAAUCAGAUGAAUUGUUUUAUUUUCUGUAAGAGGUUAUAAAUAUGAAUGUUUUUAAGAGUAAAUUAUUUAAAUCUGUAUUUUGAUAUCAGUAUUCAGCUCACAAAUUUUCUUCCAACUGCUGCUGAGGAAGGAUUGCAGUUCUAGACAAUUUGUACAGUGCGCAGUAUUGGUAGUCCUGGGAAAAACAUCUGUACGUUAUCCAUACUACUGUAGGAGUCCCAGUGUAUGGUUACAGUUGUGAAACCACGUUUUGUAGUGAAUUCUAAAAAUAAAUUAAAUUUCAAGUCUGUAAAAA